UCGUCAUCAUCAUCAUCAUCAUCAUCACGGUGAUGCUGAGCGGCUCUUCGGUGAGAGGGAUGAUGAUGGCGUGUGUGGAUGCUGCCUGAGCGCCUGGACAAGAGGAGAGGAGGAGAGAAGAGAAGAAAGACGAGACGGAAAUCCUGUCGGUGUCGUUUUAUGCGCGCUCGUGCAUCCCGGUGGAAUGAGAAGCUGCUGCAACCAUGAUGGAAGGACUGAAGAAGCGAACCCGAAAGGCAUUAGGGUUACGCAAGAAGGAAAAGGACGCUGACUCCACAGGCUCGCCCGAGAAAGACAAAUCGAAAAGAGCCAACGGUGCUCCGAACGGGUUCUACGGCGAGAUCGACUGGGAUCGAUAUAAUUCCCCUGAUGUGGAUGAUGAGGGCUACAGCAUCAGACCCGGAGAACAAGGAGGAACGCCAGCCAAAGCUAAAACAUUCGUCUCAUCCAGUGAGUCCGAGGGUGAGGAUGAGCCAGGGAAGAAGUUUAAGAUCAAGAUCAAGCCCCUGGCAUCAAAUAAUGGCACUGUUUCCACAGUGGACGAGCUGAAGGCCUCCGUGGGCACGCUCGCCAUCUCGACCUCGCCUUUGUGUCCACUGAAACGAACAAUCUCAAGUGAGGAGAUUGCCAGACCAAGACGUUCCACUCCAACACCAACUCUAACUCCUGGGCCUUGUCCUGACACACCAAGUAAGAGGUUAUCAGAUAAUGCUUCAGCUUUUUUCGGCUCUCCUUUUGAGGCGAACUUCGAAGCACAGAACUCAGAAGUGUUUAUAGUGGAGCCAGAGCUGUGGUGCCCGUCAACAACACGCAACAGCUCCCCACUGAACAGACGUUUCCCAACAGGAGUGCCACCUCCUCUUCCUCCGAAAAACUUUCCUCCCACUCCACCCAGCUAUAGAUCCAGCUCUCUGGAAUCGUCAGGUUAUUACAGUGUUGUUCCAAGUGUCAGCGGAGAAAGAUCAUCUUCUAUAUAUCAGGACAUUCUACUAUCAGACCUUCCAGGGGGAUCUGUUCUUCCUGACAUGGACAAUGUGUUUGCCCCAUCGGAUACCCCCAAAUCAGAACCAGAGAUGUUUCAGUCCAACUGGGUCAGUUUUACAGAUGGGACAACUGCCAGGCCUCCACCACCAGAUGAGCCUGCCCCUUCCCCACCUCUCUCAUCUUCUUCUGAGGACACACCACCUACUUCACCUCCUGCUUCCUCCCCUCCUCCUCUGCACCCUAUCCCUCCACCUGAAUCUCCUCCUCCACCACCUCCAGAUUCCUCCCCAGACUCUCUAUCUCCUGAUAAUCUGACCCAACCAAAAUAUUCCACAUUCCACCUUCAAGAGUCUGGCUUUUCUAUAGCUACACUUCCCACUAUAUCUUACCCCGUCAUGCCCCCUCUGCCCACAGUGGCACCUCCACUUGGGCCACGAGAUGAAGCCAGAAGAACACCAGAUUCCUUUGGGCUAAGAGAGGAAAUCCUCUCACUUUCCACCUCACCCAAGGACAUUGGCAUGGGGGGUUCGCGUGGCACACCACCUCCACUGCCCCCACUCACCUACAGAAGUGCAGUUGUCUCACCAGGGCCUGGUAGCAGGCCUUCAUCACCUGCACGUCCGGGCACUCCUUUAUCUGCAGGUAGCCCUAUACCACCACUCCCACCCCGCCCAUCCUCGCGGCCAAAACUUCCCCCUGGCAAACCAAACGUGGCAGAUUUGACUUGGCCCUUUAGUGCUCCUGUCCACUCAUGGAGUCCUCCACCACUGGCUCCGCUGGCCAGAGCAGAGAGCAGCUCCUCCAUUUCUUCCAUCACUUCCCUCAGUGCUGCAUCCACACCAACGCUUGGCAGAGAGUUUAACCUCUCAGUCUCAGCCUGUUCCCGAGGACCAAGUCCACUUACCAUGGGCCCCCAGGACACUCUACCGGUAGCAGCAGCCUUUACAGAGACCAUCAGCGCCUACUUCAAAGGAGCUGACCCCAGCAAGUGUGUGGUAAAGAUAACUGGAGAGAUGGUUCUGUCCUUUCCAGCAGGCAUCACGAGACAUUUCUCAAGCCAACCAAAUCCUCCAGUACUGACCUUCACCAUCAGCCAUUACAGCUGUCUGGAGCAGGUCCUCCCCAACCCUCAGCUGCUCUGUUGUGACCAUAUGCCUGCUAUCUCCGACUGUAAAGAGUUUCGUGUAAACAUGCCCAACCUGAUGACCCAUCUAAAGAAGGUGGCAGAUCAGAGGCCUCAGGCUACCUACUACAAUGUGGACAUGCUGAAGUACCAGGUGAUGGCGCGGGGCAUCCAGUCAACGCCAUUGAACCUGGCACUAAGCUGGCGUGGCGAUGUUAACAGCACUGACCUCAGGAUAGACUAUAAAUACAAUGCAGAGGCCAUGCCCUACCCCACACCUCUCACCAACAUCCAGUUCCUAGUGCCAGUGGAUGGUGGUGUUAGCAAACUUCAGGCCAUGCUGCCUCCAGCCACAUGGAACCCAGAAACACAGAAGAUACUGUGGAAAAUUUCUGAACUCUCCCAGAAAUCAGAAAACGGAGGAGUGGGGGCGCUGUUGUGUCGCUUCCAGCUAGCCGAAGGUCCAAGUAAACCGUCACAACUUGCCGUGCAAUUUACCAGUGAGGGAAGCACGCUGUCUGGCUGUGACUUCCAGCUGCUGGGAAGCGGAUACAGACUGUCCCUGGUUAAGAAACGCUUCUCGACAGGUAAAUAUUUGGCAGAUAACUGACAUCAACUAACGACAACGACUCAUGGAACAGAGUGACUGCGGCUUCAAGUUCACCACUGAACGGACUUAACUAUGUUUUUAACAUUGAAAGAAAUUCCUUAACUUAGAAUUUCACAACUGUUGGCUUUCUGGCAUAGAAUUGUGUGUGUGUGUGUGUGUGUGUGUGUGUGUGUGUGUGUGUGUGUGUUUUAAGGCAAUUUCAGGACAAAUGCAAUACAGCCACAUUCUUUGCUGGGUUUAUGCACGAAGGCAGCGUUUCCUCUCAGAGCUUGAUAAUGUGUGUGUUUGUGUGUGACUUAAUAUCCUGGGCAUGUGCCGAUAAUCAAGUGUUUAAAAUAUUUCAAUAUACAUGAUAUUCCAACAUGAACAAUUCUUUAGCUUUUUAGCCUUACUUCAGAAAGUUUCUGUAAGUUUCUGAAAAUUUGAGAUAAGAUAAACAGAACUGUCUCUAUGACUGAAAGAUUAGAUUGUUAUGUAACAUCAAGAUUUAGCUUAAAAGGAUCUGAAACUUACUGUAUAAUUUGCUAGCUAGCAUUCGAAUGCUUGGUUUAAGUAGCUACGUAUGAGACAAGAUAUUUUACCUACCGACAGGCUAGCUAGCAUUUAAUAACUAAUACUACAAGUUAAACCCCACUACUUUAUAUUAGCUUGCUCAUUGGGGAGGUUUAAUAUGUCUAAUUUUUUUGUAAGCUAGUUAGCAUUUCUUAUGUAGCCCCCUAUAUUGGCACAAUAUUAGAUGCAAUGCAGGAUAAAAUGUUAGGUCGCUAUUUGCUCUAUGUCAAAAAUUAAUAUAAUACAGCAAAAGAUGUUAAACCUGUUAGCAUGAUAUUCUAUAAAAUGCUUACAUUUUGUGGGCUAACACGUGUAAUACUGCCUAACUGGGAGUUUAUGUUUCUUACUAGCUAGCCUCAGGUAACUAGCAUUAUUUAGUUACCUAGCUAACUAGCUACAAAUAGAAUUUAAUGAUACAUAAAACAUGAAAUCGGCACAUGCCUGGCAAUAUUGUGUGGCGUUAACCCCAGAGUUUGUUUAGCCAAAACAAUUACAGUAAGGGUGAAGUGUUCAGUUAUGUUUUAAAUGUUUAUUUCCUUCCAAAAACAAUGUUAAUAACAUGGGUUAUAUUAGACACUAUAUAAAUAAUCCUGGACUUCAUAUUUACCUCAAAUUUUUUAAAAUGUUCUAAACAAAUGUUGAAUUCAAGCAGGACUUGGGGAACAAAAUGUGUAAAUCGCGCCAGAGGAGGAAACGUCGUACAAAUCGGAUUAGUUUCAUAUGAAUUUCGAUAUUCGUGUUGGUUGUGAGGUGAUGUUAUUGUCUGUGAGGUUGAAAAGCAGAUAUGUUCCAUUAUUAGAUAUCGAUAAACUCUGGAAUUCAAUUUACAUGCAACAUAGCGAUGCCUAAACAUUUUCUAAUCACGUGUCUUGAAUCAAAAAUACUAAUAAUGUUGAUAAUUAAGUGGCACAGAAUCUGUGUCAGGAUUUAAUGCAGCAUUCCGUAGUAUGAACUAUUUACCAUUUUGAUUUUCCACAAUGUGGACUUUUUUUAACGUUUUUUUUUCCUGUAGCAAUAUUGAUGAUUGUGUAUAAAUGUAAGAUAAGAAUUGUUAUAUGUAUGUCUAAAUGGAUAUACAGCUUCUACGUAUUAUCGCAAGCCAAUGUUCAGUAGCUGAAAAAAUUCAUGACAGCACUUUAUUUCAAUGUUCCUUUCAUUUGACGUUAGUUUUCUUCAUUUCUUUUUAAACGCACAAAUUAUUUAUUUAGUAUCCGAUCGGCUAUCUAAAAGUCAAAAAAAAACUUUUUCAGCAUGUAUUGUACGAUGCUUUGGCGUAUUCUAGAUAUGUGUUUAAUUUAUCUAAAAGUCUUUACAAUUCCCCCUGCCACCAGGGGGCGAUGAGAAUCAGACAGAUAAACUCACAGAUUCCCACUUUAUCAUUAAGCAAAAUGGCUGUAAUUUAGACAUCAGAUAUACAUCGGUCUCCUGGUGGUUAGCAUUGAGUUGGCUUUUAAGAUUCCUCAGUUUAAGAUCUAGCCACAAUGCUAGCAACAGUAUUUUUCCAAAAAGCUAAAUAUAAAACUUAGUGUUUGUAACUUUCCUCGAUUAAAAGCACAUUUCACUAGACCAAGGCCACAACAUGAUUUAUGCCUGUUGUCUGGUGGCUUGUGUCUUGUUAAAGUAAUAUAACUCUGUUAGGUUAGUAAAAGCUUUCUCGAAGUUUUGCUUUUUUUUAUUAUGUAUUAAAUUUAAUCUUUUAUUUUCUGUGCAUUCUGAGGGGAAUUCUUAAACACCGAAUAAUGUACAAUGAACCUUUUCAGACGUCCAUCAG